CCCACGGACUUCCCGAUGCCCGGAUUGCCAGCAUGGCAUAAACCUAACCGUCAGAUCUCCUUACGCAAAAAUGAACAACUGAUCUUAUCAUAAGAGACCUCCAAUAUGAUCCGUCGGAUUGAAACACAAGGAUUGGUACGUGUAGCAUAUCCAGCCGUCCGAUUAUUUUUCGAAAAGAACAACCAUCCCGCCAUUACAGCCCCUUUAUAUUCAACCUCCAGUCCUAAUUCGCGAACUUAAUCGUCGGAUAAAUAUACAGUUCAUCUAUUAAUCGUUGCAAUUAAUCUUCGAAUUCCGGAACUUCGAUUCUGAAUUUUCAACCAUGGAAGGAACCAAAGGUGCCGGUGGAAGAAAAGGUGGUAACAGAAGUAAGAUAUCGAAGUCGGUGAAGGCCGGACUGCAAUUUCCUGUCGCAAGGAUCGGUCGGUACCUUAAGAAAGGCCGUUAUGCACAGCGCACUGGUUCCGGAGCUCCGAUCUACUUGGCUGCUGUCCUCGAAUAUCUCGCCGCUGAGGUUUUGGAAUUGGCUGGGAAUGCUGCUCGUGACAACAAGAAGAACAGGAUAAACCCUAGGCAUGUUCUUCUGGCUGUGAGGAAUGAUGAGGAGCUUGGAAAAUUGCUUCAAGGAGUCACCAUUGCCAGUGGUGGUGUUCUUCCAAACAUCCAUCCAGUUCUCCUUCCCAAGAAGUCAUCGUCGAAUUCCACUUCUCCUGCAGAAAAGGCUCAGAAAUCGCCAAAGAAGACCUAAAUUAAGUAAAUGUUUCCGUGAAUGAUUUUUUUCUUUUUGUGUAUAAAUUUGGUGCUCUCUCCUUGAUUCCCUAGUUUCUUAGAAGAACUAGCUGUUUUGAUCUCUAGUUUGUCUGAUGUACGUAUCCAUUUCACAAUAUCUAUUGGGAACACAAUCGUUUUCAAGUGUUUUGUUCUCGUCAUUUUGCUCUGUGAAUAUCAGUUCUCUUUGUAAUGUACAUCAAAAGUCAGAAUCAAGUUCUCCGUAUGUCAUUAUCAUA